UCAGCAAAUGUCAUCUGCAUCAGCGUAGGCCGUACAUUCGCUGUAUUUUGUUGAAAGUAAUGAAUAUCUGUUGAAGAAAACACUUUUGUAAUGCUUUUCCGUUCGCUUCGUUCGUGCGUGUGUUCUCCCGUGCUGGCCGUUUCGCGUGUGCUGUGAAGUUUGUAAAUCGUGAAGUAAAAAGGCAACGGCCAAGGAGUGAAAGGGGGAGCAGUUGUGGAGAAGAAGCAAGUGAAGGAAACGCAAAAAACGUGUCUGUGUGUGUGUGUUGAAAACAACAAUAACAAGUGCAACGAGCCAGCAACAGCAGCACCAGCAGCAGCAGCAGCAGCAGUAACUCCAUCAGUGUUGUCUCGUGUUCGUGCCCGAAGCCGUAUCGUAAUGGCCGUAUGACGAUGGAAUCCAUUGUAAGGAUUCCCGUUCGCUUCAGGUGUCGUGCACCUGAAUGUCAGUGGUAAAAAGUCCCUUGAGACGGCUGCAGGAUAUUGGUCCUUACCUCGCGUGUGUGUUUUGUUCGCUUAUUACAACAAAUGCUUCGAAAGAGCAAUCAAAGUAGACACAGGCAGAUUCCCCUUUGAUUGUGAGGCGUUCCGGGAGUGGUGUUAGUGUGCUUUGCUUCCUUGCCCUGAUCUAUGGGUUGCGGUGGUAUCUGCGUCAAAAGUGCAUCAAAAGCAAAAGGGAAAGCCUACUGUUGUGAAUUUUAAUUACAAGUGUGCACGCUAUACAACCGAAACACACACACACAUCAUGGGGUUGCUAUUUGCAAAAAUCUGGAGUUUAUUCGGCAAUGAAGAACACAAACUCGUCAUGGUGGGGCUGGAUAAUGCCGGCAAAACGACCAUCCUGUACCAGUUUCUAAUGAACGAAGUAGUGCACACCAGCCCAACGAUCGGUUCGAACGUGGAAGAGAUUGUAUGGAAAAAUAUACACUUUCUCGUGUGGGAUCUCGGCGGGCAGCAGAGUUUACGGGCCGCCUGGAGCACGUACUACACAAACACAGAGUUCAUCAUCAUGGUAAUAGACUCAACCGAUCGCGAACGGUUAGCGGUAACGCGGGAAGAAUUGUACAAAAUGUUGCAGCACGAAGACUUAACGAAAGCUAGUUUAUUAGUGUACGCAAAUAAGCAGGAUCUAAAAGACUCCAUGAGUGCAGCUGAAAUUUCCAAACAGUUAGACCUAACCUCAAUUAAGAAUCACCAAUGGCACAUACAGUCCUGUUGCGCACUAACGGGCGAAGGCUUGUACCAGGGAUUAGAAUGGAUAGCUCAAAGGAUUAAGAAGAAAUGACAUCACCCACCUGUGUAAAAGGCUGCUCAGGCCGGAGUCAUGAAGAAUGUUGUUGUGGGUUUUUUCGGUCUUGGGGGGUGCAACGCAAUCGUUCGUUACCGUAACCGCUAGCGUCCGUGCCGGAACAGCGAAGGUAUCCUUUGCUGGAUCGUUGUUGUUAGAUCGGAACUGUCGGCACACGAGAAACGAAACGAGAAUCCAUCAAAAACUUAGAAUAUCGAACGCGGAAUAGGUUAAUAUGCUGAACCCCAAGCACAGACCGGUGCCACAGACACACACACACACUAACACACUGGUCAAGAGGGUGUAAGAUAAUGGAUUAAUUACCGCAUAGUAAGCUUUAGGUUAGGGUAAAAGAAAAACGAAAAGUGUUGACAAACGCGUUGUGCCGGGUGAAUACGACUGUGAAAUAAGGUUUAAUAGUACUAGCUUAUAAAGGUAAACGUAGCUCGUCGGGAGAUGAACACACAUCGGGAAUGCACGGCAGAGACAUCCUCAAUCAACAUCGGGCGAUGCAUCGAGAUAGUGGAACUUGUAUAAUAAUAGCCAAAUGCCGUAAAUACGAUCGUGAAUCUGUUGCUUCUCCUCCAAACUCUCGGCUCCACACGGACGGAGUUGGGGAAGGGGAAAGUGUCAUUGCAAAUAUGUAUACAAUGUUAAUAGGAGCAGGUACGUUACAAGACAAAUAGGGCAAAAGGGAAAGUGAUGGAGGAAUAUGCAGAACUCAGUAGCCAAAUCACUACCACUAGAACUAUGCUGCAGCACAGUGAUAGAGAUGCAAUGAAAAAAGACACCGGUUGGCCACGAUUCCGCAGGUCCGCCGGUACUAUGGUACAGAAAAGUGGCAGAAAAUCGUAAGGUAAGCAUUUUAUGUUUUAAAGAGGGGAGUUGGAAACACCACACCACGAGGGAGGCGUCUCCGGUACGAGCUGUAGUAGUCGUCUUUCGGGUGUUUAGUUUUAUCCUUGUUUCUAACGUAUGAUCAAUUUUGUACAUUUGUGAGAGGAGUGGUGUUGUAGCAGCUGUGUGUUGAGAGGAAGCAAAAUCAAAUCCUAUGAUGGCGGGGAGAGUGUUAACUGUUAGCUCGACGUGUAGUAGAUUAAGGAUGUGAAUUAUUAUGGCGUAAGCAACUGUGGCUACCGAGGAUCGAAUGAAUGAGACAUUACUUACGAUUAUCUAGUUAAAGCAAGUGGAAACAAAAUAACAAAAAAAUAUAUAUAUAUAUACAUGUACGUAUCGAAAGAACCUCGAUUAUCACAAUAUACACGGACAGAUAAAAUAGUGUUAAA